AUGAAGAGGCAGCAAAGCACAGCUGGCCUCGGGGAACCAGAAGCCACAGGGACAUCAGGCUGGGUGCUGCUGUCUGCUGGCCACUGGCUGGGGGACUGUACUGGGCCUGGAGGGACAUCCCUGACACUCUCCACCGGAUGCCAGGGGCACCCCCAGCCCCAGAUUAGAGAAGGGGCUGCCAAGGCCAGCGGGGCACUUGCUGCCUGGGUCCAAGGAAAAGGAAAUAAAGGCUGCCGAUGUGACAGUGUGGUGGAGCACAAAGGGAAGGAACUGGUGGAGACACAGGGCUGGCCCCGCACAGGGCUACGAGCAGCUACCUGGAGCCACGAUGACAGAGGAGCCAGGUAUUUACACCUGGCCAGAGAAGACGCGAAUAAUCUGUUCAGCGUGCAGUUCUGCACCACUCCCGUGGACAGUACCGAUGUUCCUCACAUUCUUGAGCAUACCAUCCUUUGUGGGUCUCGGAAAUAUCCGUGCAGAGACCCUUUCUUCAAAAUGUUGAACCGGUCCCUCUCCACGUUCAUGAACGCCUUCACAGCUAGUGAUUAUACUCUGUAUGCAUUUUCCACACAAAAUCCCAAGGACUUUCAGGAUCUCCUUUCAGUGUAUUUGGAUUCCACCUUUUUCCCAGGUUUAGGUGAGCUGGAUUUCUGUGCGCGGUCCCGAAACGGGAGGAAAUCCGCCAUCCGGGCCUUUCCACGCAUCUGCUGCAGGAGGAACAGGGAAAAUAAAAAUCAAAACCCAGCUCCGGGCGCGUCGCGUCUCCAGCCCGCGCGAUCGCUAAGGCUCCUAGGUAGCGUUCGCCUUGGAAGCGCGGAUCUACCAUCCAGCGGCUGCAAGGAUCGGGGCGCUCCACCGUCGGGGCACCGGCGCCCCCACGUGCACCCGGGGCCUGGGGCGCACAGUCUCCACCACCUCCGGCUCAUCAAUGUUAAAUGUCCUCCCGGCGCGCCCGCGUGGCGGGCCCAGACUCGGACCCCUCCUGGAGAGCCGCUUCUACAUUGCAGGGAAGGGGAAGCCCAGAGCCCGCGCCCCGGCUCCGCUGACGUCCCGGAGUCCCCGCUUCCUGGUCCUUCCCGUCCCUUAACAGCCUGGUGCCAGUUACCCUGCGAUGGGAGAGGGGGCAGCCCCGACAAAAGCACGGGCUUAUGGGGCCCCAGUUCCUUCAGCGCUCACCCCACGAAGAAGGGCUCCCAAACGGCCCCACUGGACGGCUUACCGGAGGAUGGUCCUGCGCAGUGGGUGUUUGUUGAACAGAUAAGAGACAACAAAAGAGACUAA